GUCCAAUCGAAAGGCUGUAACAAUUCCGAGUUACCAAGGGUAUUUAUGUUACCUAUAGUUUGUAGACUGUCCAGUGGAGACAUCCCAUCACGUGAUCCAUGUCGAUCUCCCGUCCGCAUGCAGCCUUGCCAGCUCCGAUACGACCACAUCACCUCCUCAACACCAUAAACCCCCCGUGCAAAGCACCGCCAUCCUCAACCCAAUGACUUGAUAUGCGCCAGAGCUUCGUCCUCCCAGCACCGAGGACCUAGUCCAAUGCUCCCCCCCGACGACACGUGCGAUGAGUCGUGCCGGAUGCCGCUGCGGCCGCGCGCCCUGUUGUCCUUCCACUCCCUCGGCACGAUCGGGUCCGCGCUGCCCUUCAUCCUGACUUUUGUCAUUGUCAGCUACCUGGUUGCGCGACACGUCUUUCCGCUGCUCGCUGGCGCUGCUUCUCGCGUCGAUGACGACUACUACCUCCCUUCCGACGCUCCGCCGGCACUGAAGGAGGCGGAAGCGAAACACAAUACCUGGCCUCUGCGCCGACAAAUUGCUGCUGCUAGCUUUGGCUUUACGAUCGCCCUGGCUGCUGUACUUGCCGAAUUGAUACUAUGCGAGAUCUCGAGCGCGCUCGAUCCCGACGCCCGGGCCCUGACGCUGCGCGUCACGGUGCCUGCGCUGCUGGUUCUGCUAGUCCUAUGGAUCCCAUUCCUGGAGAUACAAUCCGUAAUCCGCGGCGCUGGAUGGGACUUCACAAACCGGCGAGACGGGCGACUGAAUAAGAUCCCAUGCAUCUUGCAAGCCCUCUUCUUCGCCAUCUGGAUCUCGAUAUUCUGGUUCUCAGACUUCUCCAGCACUGCCUCCUCAUUCGACGACAUGCUCGCACGCACCCCCACCCCCUCCCUAUCCGACGCAGCACUGUCCCGCGUGGGCGUCGUAGGCGUCUCCCUCAUGGCUCUCCUCUCAGGCUUCGCUUCCGUCUCCUCACCCUGGCAAGCUUUCUUCCAACGCUCCCGCCCCCUCACCGACUCCGAUCUGGCCCGCAAAGCGACAGGAUUGGACGCUACGAACGAUCUCCUAGCAGCCAAGAAAAGCCGUCUGCGCGCUCUAAACCACAAACUCUCCGACGCCCCCGGAGAAGGCUUCAUGACCCGUGUCCUCGGCUCCAUCCGCGGCAACCCCGACGCCACAGAGGUACAGGCCCUCCAAAUGGAAAUCUCCGGCCUUGAAACAAUGGCCGUAAGUCUCUCGACCUCAUACACGCUCCUCCAAGCCCGACACGCCGCACAAACGCGCGCCAAGUCACCGUUAGGACGAUGUCUGGUCGUCUCGGAUGUGGCGUUCUCGAUAUACUGCGUCUACCGCAUUAUCGCUACGUCCAUCACCACCUUACAGCGCUCAUCGCACCCGCAUAGCACGUUUUCGACUACCGAUCCCAUUAAUCGCGUUCUCAGCCUCCUAGUAAAACACGUCGACGCCUCCCUCGACCAAGCCGCCUGGGCGCGCCAAAUCUCCUUCCUCCUUGCCGGCAUCAUGCUCUUGUUAUCCUUCAACUCCGUCCUCCAAACCCUUCACGUAUUCUCUCGUUUCGCGCCCGGACUAGUGCGACAAGCGCAAGCCAACUUACCGUUGGUGGUCGCGCAGAUAAGCGCAAUGUAUGUUAUCAGCGCGGCAUUGUUACUCAGGAGUAAUUUACCGGCUGAGAUGGCGAGUGGGAUUGGACAGGCGCUGGGGAAGGGGGUGGAUGCGGGGUUUGUGGAGAGGUGGUUUGAGGGCUGGUUUCUUGUGGGUGGGGGGGCGACGGCGUUGGGGAUUUGGGGGGGAGGAGGUUGGGGGAGGGGGAGGGGGAGGGGUGGGAUGAUUGGGGGGGGAGGUGGAGUUGGGGACUAAGAGGAGUUGAUGGAUGCUCAAAGCUAGAAGCUGGAGGCAAGAGGCAGGAGGGAAGAGGGAAGGGGAGUUUGGGAUUUCUGCAGAUACCGGUCAUGGAAGGGAGUUUUUAUAGCGACUUGUUAUUAUGGUAUUCUGAGGACAGACAGGUGGUGUCGUCCUCUACAAAUACAGAUGGAAGUAGAUGUCGAAUCCGAAAAUCACCAUCUAAACCUUGGAAGAGCGACAGCUGUCCUACUCUCACCCUCAAGCAAAUCAUGACAUGACCAGCGACAGCCUGGCCCACUUCUAGCAUAUAUAUAUCCAUAUACAUAUCCAUAUCCAACCC